AUGAAGGACGAAAGCUCAGAGUGUAGUAACAAAGCUCGUCUCGCCAUCAUGGAGCUCGCUAACAUGAUCAGCGUUCCAAUGUCCCUCAACGCCGCCGUACGACUAGGCAUCGCCGACGCUAUCUGGAACGACGGCGCCAACUCUCCUCUCUCCGCCGCCGAGAUCCUCUCUCGCCUCCUCCUCCCAUACACCGGUGAUCCCGAGAACCUCCAGCGUAUUCUCCGUAUGCUCACCAGCUACGGCGUUUUCUCCGAACACCUCACCGGCGCCGCCGGAUCCAUCGAGAGGAAAUACUCUCUCACCGACGUCGGAAAAACGCUCGUCACCGAUUCCAACGGUCUCUCCUACGCCGCUUACGUCCUCCAGCACCACCAGGAGGCGUUAAUGCGAGCGUGGCCACUGGUUCACACGGCGGUGGUGGAGCCGGAGACGGAGCCGUACGUGAAAGCCAACGGCGAGGCGGCGUACGAGCAGUACGGGAAAUGCGAGGAGAUGAACGGUUUGAUGCAGAAGGCGAUGUCCGGUGUAUCGGUGCCGUUCAUGAAAGCUAUAAUGGACGGUUACGAUGGGUUUAUAUCCGUGGAGCAUCUGGUUGACGUAGGAGGAAGCGCAGGGGAUUGUCUCCGUAUGAUCAUUAACCAGUUUCCUAAUGUCCGUGAAGGAAUUAAUUUUGAUUUGCCUGAAGUUGUUGCCAAAGCACCAAAGAUUCCUGGAGUGACUCACAUGGGUGGAGAUAUGUUCCAAUCAGUUCCUAGCGGUGACGCAAUGUUCAUGAAGUGGGUGUUAACGACAUGGACGGAUGAGGAAUGCAAGCAGAUAAUGAAGAAUUGCUACAAUGCAUUACCGGUAGGAGGGAAGCUAAUCGCGUGUGAGCCGGUCUUGCCUAAGGAAACCGAUGAUAGCCACCGGACUCGUGCCUUGUUAGAAGGAGACAUCUUUGUCAUGACCAUCUAUAGAACCAAAGGUAAGCACAGGACCGAAGAAGAGUUUAAAGAGCUUGGUCUCUCUGCUGGAUUCACUACUUUUCGACCUUUCUACAUCGAUUACUUCUACACGAUCUUAGAGUUUCAGAAGUAA